AUGGACGUCGACGCGCCAGAGGAUUUACCUCAGACCAGCACCGCUCCUAAGUCUGGAAAGAGACAUACAAUAGUCCCCGUGGACGAUGCUCAUCCUUUCGACCUCGAAAGCUAUAUUGCUAACUACACUGGACGCACUGUUAUCGACAGAUUAACACACAUUAUUGUUUCGUGUCCCUCGAUUGCGCCUGAGGCGUUUAACCUCGCCAUCCAGCAUAUCCACCAAUCACGCGAUCCGUCGCAGUACCAGAUUGUCCUCGAUGCGUACGAGCAUGCUGCAGCAGCAUCUACUUCACCACUUCCUAAUCCCAACGAUAUCGCGAGUUUAGAUGGACAGUGGGCAGAAGAGACGUUAUCGAAGAACCAGGCGGAACGCACGAAACUGGAGGUGGAGUUGAAGACAUACUCGAAUAAUAUGAUCAAAGAGAGCAUUCGGAUGGGAUAUCGGGAUCUCGGGGACUUCUAUCGCUCUGUGGGUGACUACGGCAGCGCCCUCAAGCAAUAUACCAAAUCCCGCGAAUACUGCACAACGAGCCAGCACGUCUUAGAUAUGUGCCUAUCGGUGCUUGAGCUCCUAAUUCUACAACGAAAUUAUUCACAUAUUUCUACUUAUGUAUUCAAGGCAGACGCAGCGCUCGACGCGGCUACGGCUUCUGGGUCAGGCAGCGGUUCGACGGGUAGCUCGAACAAGAAGGGCUCGCCAGAACGCGAGAAGGUGCAGUCUAAGCUCGACUUUGCAACUGCUCUCUCGCAUCUCGGACAAAGUAACUACGAGAAGGCAGCGUAUUAUUUCCUGCGGCUAGGUCCGUCGAAGCAGCUCGGUGACUGGGCUGGCAAGCUCGUCGGGCCUGGCGACAUUGCCAUCUACGGCACGUUAUGUGCGCUCUCCAAGCUCUCGCGAUCCGCUAUCAAAGCCCAAGUCGUCGAUAAUAACACAUUCGCUGGAUACCUCGAACAGGAGCCAUAUGUGCGUGAACUUAUCGGGUCGUACAUGAACAGCAACUUCAAGACAUGUCUCGAGAUCCUCAGCCGCUACUCAACACGCCAUUUUAUCGACAUACAUCUCUCCUCACAUGUCACAGGGCUCACCAACCUCAUUCGGGACUGGGCAGUUGUGCUCUACUUCCAGCCUUUCGCUACCAUCAAACUCGAGCGCAUGAGUGCUGCCUUUGGAUGGACGGUAGAAGAAGUCGAACGGCAUGUAGUUGCCUUAAUCCAAUCUGGGGACAUCAAAGGCCGAGUGGACAGUAGAAAUAAGGUCCUACAAGCGAAGAACACUGAUUAUCGUGCCGAAUUGUUUGCCCGCGCGUUCAAGACCGGUAAAGAGAUUCAGACUGCGAAUCGCAAGCUUCUCUUGCGUCUCAGAUUGCAACAGGCUGAUCUAAUUGUCAAGCCCCCGAAGAAUCAGCAACAACAACAGCAGCAGCAAAACCAGAACGAAAUGAUGCAGGCUGAUUAG